UUCUGAGACGGAGCUCCAGCCUGAGGACCAAGACGAGGAGCUGGAAAUGACUCUGAGGAGCCACGGCAGCUCUUUGGUCGACCUCUACCCCAGCAUGAUCAGCCGAAUCGGGAAGGCCUGGCAUCGGCAGCAUGUCUCUAACGCCGCCGACUCGGUGCUGAGGAGGUACCGCAGAUGGCGACAGCAGUCAAGCAGAAGCAACCUCAGCAACACCUUCAUCGUCCCGCUGAGACAUAACAGAAACCCGAACAACGUGAUCAGCGAGACGCAGCUGAAGGAGAACAGCCCCGAGAGAGGACAGUUCACCCCUCGGUCUCCGUUGCAGAUGGUUACUAAUAUUGAGGACUGGUCUCCUGGGAGAAGAGAGCAGCAUGAGCCUGUCCUCGUGAUGGACUUCUCUUCUUCUGAGCCAAAAGACGUCUCUCUGAAUGAGACAUUUACUAUGUCUGAAGUGUUCCGGCUUGGAGAUCAGCCGUCCACCUACAGGCUCAGUCCUUCAAGACCUUGCUAUCCCACCGCAAAAGCAUCCUUGGACCCGUCUCUCAGGUCUCGAAGGCUUUCUCUAACUGCACACUCCUUGCAGACCGAUGGAUGCUCCACGUACGCAUCUGAAAGCACCGCUGCAAAAGAUCGACAAGACAUCUACGGCUCCCCGGUCAGGCAAAGUCCCUUACAUGCAAAAAUGAUGACCAGCCUCAGUAGAUCACCUCGUGGCUUUUCCAGGAGCCCAAAAUCUGUGGAAAGUUUUUCCAGAGAGCCUACGAGAUCCAGAUUAAUGUCCACCCCUCCACAAAAGCCAACAUUGCCACUGAGGAUGCUCUACCCUUCAGAUCACCCCCUCUACCCACAGCUGCGUUCACCUCAGGCCGCCACAGCAGCAGGACCGAGUCGUCACGGUCUCCGGCGCCACCUGUCCUUCGACUCCUCCCUACCCUCGAUCCGUGUCUCCUACUCCCCAAAGAAGCUUGAUGAGGACUUCCUAAAGCUCUACCACAAGUUUGUCUGCCAAAAUAAAUCAUCUCCUUUUAACGGGCAUCCCUGCCGCCUCUGUGCCCGAAGCUCCGAGCUCAGCAGAGGCCCCUCUUCCUCGGCUCUGGCAGCUCUCGCCUUGUCACCCCACCGCUCCCUCCUGAGAAAACGCCACAGGGAGUUGGACUGGCUCAACCAUCCGCAGUCUAAACGCUCCAGGGAGGAGUACUACCCAUCCUCCCCGGGGUCAAGACGCUACGGGAAAGAGAUGCUAAGGCGCCAUCUCUCCACUUCUGAGCAUGAGCAGUGUCAGUACGGCCUCUCCUACAGCUCCACUAAACCCAGCAUGUUCAGCACCCAGCAGCGCUCAGCAGAUACACAUCAGGACACCUGGAUGAGUCGACGCCACGAUGUGUCUGCAUCUGAUUUUUCUGGCAUGGGAAGUUCACUUGAGAGCAGAAUGGUCAUCAGCUCCUCUCCCAGAAAAUGGUGAACAGCGAAUACACCGAAGACGGAAAACUACUCUCAUGUAACACGUCGAUGUAAAAAGUGUUGUGCAGCUGUGUGAAACUUUUGAUACAAAUGACAAUAAAAAUCUUAAUCUUAAGAACACAUGAUGAACUAAAAGUGAAGCUUUUUAAAUGUGUGAACUCAGGAAGUUGUGUCACUAAACUGCAACUGUCAAAUGUUAAAUCUCUUAAGUGGUCAUUAUAUUUGUUUUAAGUUUUAUCUCCAUCCGAGUUUGUGUUUUUGUUUGGAUGUUUUAACUUUUUUUUUUACAAAUACUGCUGAAACCGUCUUUUCGAGCGAUU